UCUAAGCUUAUUUUCAAUGAUGCUUUGUACAUAACAGACAUGCAACUUUGCAUCGUUAAUAUUUGGACAAUAUUAAGUGUUUUGUGAAAUAUGUGAAUGCAUAUACGAAUUGUGACAAAUUAAAUAAACAAUAGACAUAGUGAGGAGACAUUAUUUUAUGCUUCUCUUGGAAUUAAUCUUAGAAAUUGGGAUCUUACAGAGCACGCACUACCGACAGAAGUAGACUCUGCAAGGAGAAGAACGUUGUUUCGUCAAAUUUUGCCGCCAAAUCAACUUUUUUGCUCAUCAAACAUGCAUGUUCCGGGCCACUUUGGCCCAAUGCCACCUCAGCUUUACCUUGCACAACAGCAACAGCACCAUCAGCACAUCGACAUGAGGAACUACCAGGGGCGGUGCCACCCCGCCUCGUUCCUCCACCCCAUGGACGACCCCAAGAUCUCCCAUUAUGAAGACCCUCACAGACUGAGACUGCCGGUCAAUUCAUCUUCUCACAACAAUUGCAUAUUAAGGCAACCGGAAAGUCCCGUGUCACACAGAAACAGCCAAUCCUCCUCCUGUCCAGUCUCUCCAAACUCUAGUUGUGGCAGCCCAAGGUCAACACAUUUUCCAGAAAUGGUAUCGUCACCACAACAAUAUGACAACGUCUCUCAUCUGCAAAGUCCAAAUUCCACAUUUCAUUCAAAUCAGCAUGGAUUCCCCCAUCCUGCAUUCCCGCGCAGUCAUAUCCAUUACAACGACAACGGUCUUAACAAUGGUGAAAAUGUCCGGGCUCGAAAUACUGUGAAUCGGAUUGACUCUCCAAACAAUGGUAAUGUCAUAGCAUCUCCAAGUAAGCCUUACUACCAGUCCUCUCCCUCGCCCAACCAGGCUUAUAGCGGGAUACCCCAGUCCCCGUACCUCCAGAAUGGGGUACCGAUGGUGAAUCCAUACUCCAGGGCCUCUCCGAUGUAUGCCUCUCACCCAUCUUCACCCACAGUUGCAGGCAGACAAACUUUCAGUUUCCCGACACAGUCAUGUGCUAUUUCUCAACAAAACGCCAACAUCCAACAUUCGCCAGCCAUUCAUUGUCCAGAUAGGAUGCCAGAAUCUAUGGACCCCGGCAGCCCCGCGAUUCUCCCCCAUUCAGACCCACAUCAGUACCCCGAGGGAUAUCCCACACCCCAGCAUCCACAAAUCAUGGUUCUGAAUGGAGAGAAUUUGCACCCCAUGCAGUGUCCAUUCCCAGUAACUGACAUACAGGAGGAUGAACCACUGUACGUUAAUGCCAAACAGUACCACAGGAUUCUGAAACGGCGACAAGCAAGGGCAAAACUACAGGCCCAGGGCAAAAUUCCGAAAGAGAGAAAGAAAUAUCUUCACGAGUCCCGCCACAGGCACGCGAUGAACCGCUUCCGUGGCGAAGGUGGUCGCUUUUUCUCAGCCAGUUCCAAAGAAAUCAAAAAAGAAUUGGAAGAUCCUAUCAAAAAAGAACCAGAGGAUUUUGACGAGUCCAGUGUAAAAGAUUCGGUUUACCUGGAUUUCAAUGAUGUACACAAGAAAAGUCUAGAGAUGUGAAACGAAACGUCUCAAGCUACUUUACUUUCUUGAAUACU